AUGCCAAAGAAGAAAAUUCAGAAAUCAUUCAAAAAUGCAGUAUUUGAGAGUAAAAUGUUUAAGAAAUUUGAGAAUGAUGUGAUUUUAGAUAAAAAGGAAAUAGCAGGGCAUUCUUCUGAAAGUAAAGAUCCUACUUUUAAUCCUUGUGGGUCUCAGGGGCAUUCGAGUGUGGGAAGUGAAGUGGGAAAGUCCAUAAACAUUAUUGAAUUCACGCAUAGGAACGAUGACAGUUCUAAAAUAGAAACUAAAAAGACAGAUGAAGGUAAUAAGCAUAAGAAUAAUAAAAAUGGUAGAGUGGGUGAGGAAAAUAGCAUAAGCAUAAAUAUAAAACAAAGAAGAGCAAUCACAAAAUGUCUUGUGCUGAGACUCCCUCGAAAUUUUGCUUUUGAAAAUUUGAAAGUCAAAAUUAGUACGCCCCCAUUUAUGCAUGAGACGGAAGACAAAGAAGAAGAGAACAGCAAAGAAGACAAAGCAGAUAAUAGAAUAGACAAACAAAUAGAAAGCAGAUUAGUCCAAAUAAAAGAUAGAGAAAGGAGUGAUUUAAAGUCAAUUGAUUUAGCUCAUGUAAUGCAAGAGAGUACAGAAGAGGGUGAAGUGAAAGAUGCGAGUGUUCUCUUACAAAAAAAAAACGUUACAAUUGGGAGAUGCUACUGUUGA